GAUUGUUAUUGGCCUGCAGGGAAGUCACAAGACUCUUGGAAAAAAAAAAAAUCCAAUCCGGCAGGCAGGGAAAGCUUGAGACUCCGCUUCUGGGAACAUGAGUGAAUCGUUGGUUGUGUGCGAUGUCGACGGAGAGUUAGUGGAGAAGUUAAGGCAGUUCCGUUUUCGGAAAGAAACCAGCAAUGCUGCCAUUAUAAUGAAGAUUGACAAAGACAAACAGCUGGUCGUCUUGGACGAAGAGUACGAGGACAUUUCUCCAGAUGACCUAAAGGAUGAGCUUCCGGAAAGACAACCCAGGUUCGUUAUUUACAGCUACAAAUACCAGCAUGACGACGGCCGUGUUUCCUACCCUCUGUGCUUCAUCUUCUCCAGCCCAGUCGGGUGCAAACCAGAACAGCAGAUGAUGUACGCAGGGAGCAAGAACAAGCUGGUGAAGACUGUGGAGCUGACGAAGGUGUUUGAAAUCCGGAACACGGAGGACCUGACCGAGGAGUGGCUGCGUGAGAAACUGGGCUUCUUCGGGUAGAGGCUCUGCCCAAGCGGGGCGGGGCAAAGUGGAAGCACAUGUUGCUGCACUGCCGGCAUCUUUUCAAAGUUUUUGUCUGUGCAAACUUCAGAAUCCCCCCCCCACCCCCUCCCCACAUCAUGAGUGGGAAGAGAGAGAAGAGCUCUGGUACGGCCGGUUUCACAGCCCCUGAUUCACACUACCCUUAAACUGCCUGACCUCGGGUAACGGGAACUAAUUGGGGCUGUGAAACCAGCCAUCAGAUUUGUAGCUGUGAUAAUGUUUACAGUGCAAACAUGUAUUCUGGCAUUUUAUUCCAUUUUGGUUUCAUAUUUUUUCUCUAAAUAUGCUUCAAUAUUUAAAUUUAAAAAAUACCUUUUUUUUUUAUUAUUUUUUUUUAAUUUCAUUAAUAUUUAAGUUUAAUUUAAUGACUGUUAAACUGGGGUCCAGACCAGCAUGUUGAGAGCGUGGUGCUGUUGUGAUGGUGUCCUGACAUCUGCAAGCUGUGGAACCACAGGCACGGAAACACGCUAAGAACAUGCUUUAUACUGUCACUGUGGCAAUAUAAUACGGGGAGAGAAAUGGUGAACUACUGCAGCCCUUUACAAAUAUUAUCAUCCAUUGCUGUAAGAGAUUUACAAUAUUUCUAUUGUUUUCAGAAUUCUGGAAAAAAAAAAAAAAAAUUAUAUUUGAAAAGUAGGACAGUAAGGUUUUUUUUUGGGAAGGUGUGACAUUUUAGUUUGGGUUCAAGGUUUUCUAACAAAUAAACUAGCGAUUGGCAGUAUAGACAGAUUUGUGUUUGCUGACAGUCCUAAAAAACUACAUUUCCCAUGAUCCUUUUAUUUGUGGGGUGCCCGGGACAAAGCAUUAAAGCAGGUCCUUAAUCACAGGACUACAAUCAAAUCAAUGGGAGGCUUUAAUGGGGCAAAUGGAAAUAAAAAUCCUAACUGCUAAGUAUUUUAAACAUUUAAUCCAAAAAUCUGUUCAUGGGGUCGUGUAGAUCUCUUCUGCUCUUCCAAGCUAAUGAUCUGUAGAGCAGGAGAUCUGUUCUGGAAGAACACAUUCUUUCCCUUGAAUUACUUCCUCAUAAAAAUAGUGUCAUUGUGAGGACAAUGGGUUCUUAUUAGUAUUGUUCUUGAGGUGGGGUUUAGGUGCAUGCUGUGACAUUCAAAUGCAUGCCCCCUCCACAUUCAGCACAGCACAGUCGAACCAAGCCACUCCCUGUGUUUUGAGUGCACAAGGACUUCAUAGCUUAGCAGUAAUGCAUGUUUGAACACCUUAAGAGUAUUAGUUGCAAAAAUCCUCAACCCUAAGGGACUGGUUGUAAACAUGAUCAAUAAUACUUUUCAUCUUCAUACUUUGACCCUGUGUUUCUCCUUGUGUCCAGCACACAGAACCUUAAAAGCAAAUAUAAAAAUACCUUUCAGACUGUUUGCAGUAAGCCAGGCUGGCAGUGUGUUCAUUUUCAUAUCAUGUUACUCUGUUCAUGCUUGUAUUUAACUGACUAAACAGGACCUUUAAGUGGUCCAGCUGGGUUUAGUUUGACCGAACCACUUUGGGUUUGAAAUGAAGUGUUGAGUUACAGACAGGUUUACUGGUGUCUGAUGAUACUGUCAUUAAUAAACACACUUCCAGAUUUCUUUCUUUACAUGCCCAGACCUGUAUUAAAAUGUUAUAAUGCUGUGUUUGAGGGGAUUAGAAAAAAAAAAAAGUUUUCUUUUGAGUUUUUAUGUAUUUCAGUUAGUGUAAUGCACAUGUAUUGCUAAUUCCAGACUUGCUUUGAGUUUUAAAAGGCUCUUUGUCCGGCUAAUCUUUCUGUGCAGAUGUUUGCCAUCGAACUUUGGGACCUGACGAUGUGAAAUCUUUUGUAAUUUGCAACGUACUGUACCAACAAUAUAAUGUGACUGGAUGCAAAAACGUAAAAUAAAUAAAAUAUAAAUAAAAAAAAAACACAA